GAUUUUAGGACAGGUUUCCAGGGGAGACAGUGCGUGCCAGAGGAGGAGUGUGUGAUGGAGAGAAUGCCGAUAAAAAAACCACCGCGACGAAAGAAACAAAACCAAACACUUUUAAUGCACCAAGAAAAAGAGAGGUGCUCACUCAGCUCCUCGUCUCUCUCCUCCUCCUCUGAGAGCGAAACUGUGAUGUCAGAGGAAUCGGGCCGCCUGAUUGGUCAGAGCUGCCUCUCCCUCAGCAGCGCACUCUCCACCGACAGCCUCAAGGGGGAGCUGUCCCUGCCCGACCUGCUCAUACAAGAACCAGGAGAAGAAGAUGUGUUUGGAGGAGUUUCUGCUGAUGAGGUCACAGUCCCAGCUCAGACUCGAAGCACAGACGACCUGUUCGCUGUCAUACACAGGUCCAAGAGGAAGAUGUUUGGGCGUAAAGGUGUUUUCUCCUCCUCCUCCUCCACUUCCGCUUCCUCACCCUCUCCUCCCGUGACCCCUGCUGAACCCCGCUCUGCACCCAGAGUUCAAAGGUUGCCGCACAGUCACAGCUUUAAGGCCCUGCUCUUAAAGAAGGGUGUCCAUUUUGGCUCUGUGUCGCGUGUGUCUGCCGUAGAGCGUCUCUGCAGACCCUACACCCCGUAUGCUUCUACUUCGUGUACGCCACGACCUCUGACCCCUCCGUGUAUCGCCGGUCGUUGGCUAUCGUCUCGGACUCGACUCCACACUGCUCCCAUGGCAGCCAUCUUAGAACACCACGACGAAGAAGACCAACAAAACGAAGAACAAUACGAAGAACAAGACGGAGAUGACGAUGUUUUUGAGUUCAUCUGAACCUAAUAGUGCCCUGCUUUAAACCUGGUCUAAGCCCAGUCUGAUCUGAUCUUAAGUUAUGGUUUAAACCUACUAUGGGCUGUUUUAGUUCUGGUUUCAGUUCAUUUGAAAAGUAACC